AUGCUUCCUGCAUUAGUCGCCGUGUCCGGCCUGACCUUCCUCUACCUCUAUCAUGUCAAUCGAGGCAUGACCGGGGUUCCAGAGGAAAUCCGCCGUCUGUCUCCUCACCGCUGGACAGUUGAAGAGAUCAAGAACGCCUACGAGGAUGCGAUUCGUAACCCUGUGGACGUCGAAAGCAGUCUGCCUCCUAAACAGAAUCGCCGCUACAUUGUGAUUGGUGGAUCGGGACUUGUCGGAAACUGGAUUGUCACACAUUUACUUGCUCGCGGAGAGAACCCGGCAGCUAUUCGAGUUCUAGACCUUCAACCACCUCGUCAUGAGAUUCUCGACCAGGGAGUCACGUUCUUCAAGACCAACAUUGUCGACGAGGAGGCCGUCUCGAGCGCCUUUGCGCACCCAUGGCCUGAAGCCGUGGCAGCCCUGCCGUUGACCGUGUACCACAACGCGGCAGUCAUCCGGCCCGCCGAGCGUCACAAAGCUUUCCUAUCACGGUGCCGCAACGUGAACGUGACCGGCACCGUCAACCUGCUGAAUGCUGCCAAGAAGCACGGCGCAAGCUGUUUCAUUUCCACCUCAUCCGGCUCCGUCGCUCUGCGCAGUGGCUCCUUCUGGCUCCCUCCCUGGCGGAAGACCCCUAAACACAUGGUCCAGGUGAUCAGCGACGCAACCCCUCUGCCGCAGGAACACUACGACUUCUUCGGCAACUACGCCGUCUCCAAGGCGGAAGCCGAGGCCCUCGUUCGUGCCGCGGACGAUCUCGAAUCCAACUUCCGCACCGGCUGCAUCCGACCCGCGAACGGCAUUUACGGAAUCGGGGAAGAAAACAGCGCAGGGGUGACAACGAUGUAUCUGAAGACCGGCGGAAACGCCAGCUGGAUCUACCCGGUCGUCCAAAACUUCGUCAACGCGGAGAACGUCUCGAUCGCGCACCUACUCUACGAACAACGCCUCCUCGAACACACGGCCACCCCCACAGAGCUCCCCAACAUUGGCGGACAGGCCUUCCUCGUCACCGACCCCAACCCGGCCAUCACCUUCAGCGACAUCUACCUCCUGCUCAAGACCCUGGCUAAGACCCCUGUCGAAUUCCCCCGGGUGCCGGCAAUUCCCUUUUUCCUGCUCUCCUACCUCGUCGAGUGGUACUCGCUCCUGCAGCAUCUGUACCUGCCGCGGCUGCUCCCGCCAGUGCCGAGCGACCUGGCGCAGCUGCAGCCGGGUCUGUUCGCGAUCUCGAACGUGCACGUCAUUGCGGACGAUUCGCGGGCGCGGAGGAGCCCCGCGCAAGGCGGGUUGGGGUACGCACCGCCGAUCGGGACCCUGUACGGGAUGUGCAAGCAGCUCGAGGAUUGGAACCGGCGGGCAGAUGUCAAGGCCGCGGCGGCCGCGGCGAAGAAGGGGAUGGUGAGUGUUUCGGAGGGUGGAGGGGUGGAUGUCAAUUUGGUUGUGCCUCCGACGAAAUUAUAG